CUACUAGUCAUGGGUCAUCACUCAUGUUGCAACCAGCAAAAGGUGAAGAGAGGGCUUUGGUCACCUGAAGAAGAUGAGAAGCUUAUUAGAUAUAUCACAACUCAUGGCUAUGGAUGCUGGAGUGAGGUCCCUGAAAAAGCAGGGCUUCAAAGAUGCGGAAAAAGCUGUCGAUUACGAUGGAUAAACUAUCUUCGACCUGAUAUUAGAAGAGGAAGGUUCUCUCCUGAAGAAGAGAAAUUGAUCAUAAGUCUUCAUGGAGUUGUAGGAAACAGAUGGGCUCAUAUUGCGAGUCAUUUACCUGGAAGAACAGAUAACGAGAUAAAAAAUUACUGGAACUCAUGGAUCAAGAAAAAGAUACGAAAACCACACCACCAUUACAAUCGUCAUCAACCAUCAGUAACCACUGUGACGUUGAACGCAGACGCUACAUCAACUGUUACUGCUAUCGCUUCCACCACCACAACAUCGACUAUCGAUAACUUACAGUUUGACGGUUUUAUGGAUUCUCCUAACCAACUAAAUUUCACCACUGAUCAAGAAACUAAUAUUAAGAUGCAAGAAACGCUUUUCUCCCAAAAACAUCCUCUCUUCAUGGUAGACACAACACUUCCUGUCCUAGAAGGAAUGUUCUCUCAAAGCAUCAUCACAAACAAUAGCAACAAGAGCAAUGAUCAUGACACACAAAGAGGAGGAAGAGGAAAUGUUUGCGAGCAAGCAUUUCUAACAACUAACACGGAAGAAUGGGAUAUGAAUCUUCCUCAACAAGAACCGUUUCAAGUUCCUACAAUGGUGCCACAUCUGUUCAACAACUCUACAACCUCAAAUAUUGAGACGGUUAUAAGUUACAAUCUACCGGCGUUAGUAGAGGAAAAUGUUGAUAACAUCGUCCCUAUUGACAAUAACAAUGUUCAAGAUAUGGCGUCGACAUUCGAAUGUUUAAAGAAGCAAGAACUAAGCUAUGAGCAAUGGAUAGAUUCACAACAAUGCUCUAAUUUUUUCUUCUGGGAUAACCUUAACAUAAACGUGGAAGGUUCAUCUCUUGUUGGAAACCAAGAUCCAUCAAUGACUUUGGGAUCAUCUGCUUUAUCUUCUUCUUUUCCUUCUUCGUUUUAA